UGAUUUAUUAUAGGCGCAAUUUGACAAAAGAAAGCCCCUUGUAGUGCACGUAAGUCCAUCCACCUGAUACGCUGUGUGAUUGGAUGCCUCACUGCCACAGGAAGCCAGUAUGUUUGCAUGGGUGCUCUGUGAUUGGCUCAUUCUCUCUUUGUCUACGAGGCAGCUGCAGAAUCUGCUUCACAUUUGAAUGUAUAGGGGAUUGGAAGGGACCAUUUCCAUGGGCCAUCUGUCUCACAGGCUGCAGCACUAACAAAAGGAUCCCAGGAUGGUUUUAGUGCAUGUUGGAUAUCUGGUUCUUCCUGUUUUUGGCUCAGUAAGAAAUAGAGGGGCCCAUUUCAACAGGCAUCAGCACAGCCAUGCUACCUCCUGCCGGCACCUCCACCUGGGCCCCCAGGCCCAGAUGUCACCUGACUUCCCUCUCCCCCACCCGGGCCAGCCCCAGCCCGGCAUGACCGCCCACCUGCCCCCCGCGCACCAGCAUGCCACGCAGCUCCAUCAGCCCCUCGCACCCCUGCCCACCCCGCAGUUCCAGGAUGUCCCAGGACCCCCUUUCCUACCUCAGGCCUUACACCAGCAAUACCUCAUCCAGCAGCAGCUCCUGGAGGCCCAACACCGGCGGAUUCUUCCACACUCCAGACGCACUCAAGAGCGAGUCCCCCUGCAUCCUCACCGGCUGCGCUCGGGCUACGACUACGCCCCCUCCAUGCACGUCCCUCAACCAAUGACACAGCAGCCCCGCUACCUGGCGGAAGGCACUGAUUGGGAUCUCAGCGUGGAUGCGGGCCUGUCUCAUCAUCAGUAUCAAGUCCAGCAGCUCCCUCAGCACUAUCAGCAUUACCUGGCAUCUCCCAGAAUGCACCACUUUCCCAGAAACACCUCGUCAGCACAAGUGGUUGUCCACGAGAUCAGAAACUACCCAUAUCCUCAGCUGCACCUCCUGGCACUGCAGGGCCUAAGUCCUUCACGCCAUGCGUCUGCUGUUAGAGAGAGCUAUGAGGAGCUGCUGCAGUUGGAGGACAGGCUAGGAAGCGUGAACCGAGGAGCCGUUCAGACCACCAUUGAGAGGUUCACCUUCCCUCACAGUACAGAAGGGGGUCCAUCACAGCAUGCCAUAGCAAACUCUACAGGGAUUUCCAAUCAGUGUUUCUGCACUGUUCCACAGAGGAGACCCCAGGAGCUGAAAAUAGCCAUGGAUGAGGAAGAGUCGGACAUGGAUGAGAAAUGCACAAUCUGUCUGUCCAUGCUGGAGGACGGAGAGGAUGUCAGGAGGUUACCAUGCAUGCACCUCUUCCACCAGGCAUGUGUAGACCAAUGGCUUGCCACCAGCAGGAAGUGUCCCAUCUGCAGGGUGGACAUUGAGACCCAGCUGACGCCUGACAGCUGAGGUCUCCUCUGUCGUAGAUCCUGGCUCUGUCCUUCCUCCCCCACUCCUCAGGCAUGUUGCCAAAUGUUUCUAGUCUUCAUUACUUCUGACCCUGCCUUCUGAGCCAACCCAAGACAACUGCAGUAGGGUGGGGGGAAAGCACACUUGUCGAAAUUGAAACAAAAAAUGUAAAAAAGAAGGCUUUUUGAUUGAAAAGGGAAAUGGGACAUAUAUUCUGAUACUGUUAUGGGGAGGGGGGGGGGCAUAGUGUUUUGAGGGAACUGGUUUAAACUCCCCCCGAAUAGGGUGAGUAGCACAUCUUUUCUUAAAGCCAUUUCAUGAUGAAGGUACUAAGCAAAAACAGGAAUCCACAUCAUGCAGUCCGAAGUCUGAUAAGGAUUUGCACUGACACCUCCCCCCUCCCAUGACACCUCCUGUCAGAACUAAAAAAAAAGGCUGGCCGCCAUCUUUGCCUACAGAGCAUUCGUAGCUAUAGUGUUGUGAAAAAAAUGGUUUUGCAUUUCGAAGCUUCUGUUUUAUGGACAUGGGGAGGGGGGUUACGCUGGGUUCUCAAAUUCCAUACAGUUACUACUUACUGCAAUAUUGUAUUAGCUUAAGCCUGAUGGUGUUGUGGGAUAUACACCAUGUUCUCGUGAGCACAGGUAUUUUUACACAAGGACUACUUCAGCGCAGUAGUGUUGGAUGGCAGAAACUCAGGACGGGAGUGAAAGUGAAUGCCAAAUCACCGAAGAAGGAAGAAGCGAUGUGUCUGAUGUUGAGCUGAGAACGUGAUCGGGGUGAGGGCUUUGGAGAAGUUUAUGGUGUGUCAGAGUGCUUACUAGUGCUUACCAGUGAGUGAGUACAAAAAGCCAAAUACAUACAAAAGAAAUGAACCAGACAAACACUGGCCUUGACCCCCCUGUUGCACACAGUGCUGAGGGAAAAGGGAUUUCUUGGAGACCACAUGUACACAUUAGUGGCGACGGAAGGGCAGUCGUCCGGGCGACGUAAAUUUGCUGCGUUCCCGUUUAGCGCCUCUGCGUUGUGGAGCAGUGCCCUCAAAUGCAUGUUUCGAUGUUGGCUUGGGCUGUUUCGUUCGCGUGAAAUGAAGAGGGGUUGUCUGUGCAUGACUUAGUUAUCCGAGCAACGUGACUUUCUUUCUCAAAGUAACAAAUCAACAAAACCUUUUUUAAAAAAAAAAAAACAAGCACGAUGUAAAUGGCUAUCACUGACAUGAAGUAGCGUGUCUUCAUCUUGUCAUUUCAGUGACCACUGGUGGAACCCUCUUGUGAUGUAUACCUUAUUGCCUAAAGAACAAGCACAUGUGAUAGAUAUAGCAACAACCUCUUUUCUUCUUUUCCUUUCUGUUGGUUUCAAUAGGUAUGAAAAAAAAAACAUCCAGUGUUUCGAGAGAAUGAUGAGCUAGUGUGUAACUUGUGUCUUGGUGUAUCAGAUCUUCCCCGUGGUUGCUAUGCUGUAUUGCUAGAAAAACAAUGUAGAAUGUUCUGUGACGGAAGCAGUCCUCUCUUUAUAUCGCGCACAGACAGUAGAGCGGUGUGGGCGCAGGUCACUUAAAGAGACACGAUUGGGAACAAAGAAGCCAUCUGUUUGAGAAAACCAAACAAUGUCUCUCAUCUGUGUCUGUUUCAUUUAGCUAUGAGAUUGUUAAUGUAUCUGUCGGUCAUCUUGUAUGUAUUGUUCCCUGUCUGUCUGUCUGUCUGUCUGUUAUGUCAAACUGGACAUGAAGUUGGUGAAGCAGCUCCAUGUUCACUUUAAACCAAUCUGAAGAAAUAGCUGUGAUGACGCUGCUAUUCUAUUUAUCACUGAUUUUUGAGUGUGCUUUUUGUGUAACUGCACUAUAGUCUUAAUUUGCCUCUAUAUGAUUUUGUAAGGGUAUUUGUGACUCUGCUAAUGCAUCUGUGCCCAGUAGCUUUUAUUGCAGUUCAUUCCAGGGCAACCUUGGAUGGAAAUAUUGUCUUUGACCCUCUGUCCCUGUUGGAGAUCUUCUCAAAGCAAACAGCACAGUAAAGCCAUGCUCGAUCAUGAUUAACUUAUUAGGAGGAAUGUAGCAUUUGUUUAGCCUCCUUUUAGACCAGAAAUAUCAAACCUGUAAGGUCCCCUGUACUAUCCUUAUUACACCAGAUUACACAUAGAAUGCUUUCGUAUGAUGCUGCCAGAAAACAAGCAAACAGACAAAAAAAAUAUUUGCAAAAAUUCUUAAGGCAAUGGGAACUUUGCCUUGUAAUUGCACUAAAACAGGGCAUGGCUCUGUUGUCCAUCAUUUUCAAAGUGAUUUUCUGUAGCUGAUACUGCUGUUACAUAAAAAUUAUUAUCUGGGAAGAAAAGAACAAUUAUUUUUGAGAGAGAUUCUGAAAGAGAAAUUUUAGGUGUCAUACGUGUGACUUGCAUGGUAGAGAUGCUGAUUUCUUUGGGAUUCUCCCAUACUGGUAUGGAAACUUUAUACAUAGGUAGCGUGCAAUGUUCCAAACCCACCAGCUUUUCAUGACCUACAAACACCACUACAGUCGCGUCCGAUGAUAUAAAGAGAAAAUGACCUGCCUCCUCCUUCGUGGAGUUUUCUAUGGGAAUUUUUGAUAGUUUACACAGGGUGUUGUGAGUUGAAAUGCCUUAAGUAUUUAACAAUCAUAAUUUAUUACUAACUGUAGAUAUUGUGGGUACGUAUUUAAUUUUUUAAUAGUUUUUCUUUUGCAAUUUGAAUCAUAAUUUAUUUAUUUAGAAAUAACACAAAAAUGAUUAAAAAACUAUUACCUCAUUUUGCAUUGUUAUAUGGGAAUGCUUCGCAUGCAGUUGUAUUUUUUAGAAAACUGACAUAAACACAAACACACAAAAAAAGCAAAAAAAAGUCAUGUUUUAAUUUACCAGAUCUGGGUUGUGUGAUGAAAAGUGUAUUUAUGUGGUGCUGUCUAUCUUGGUUACAUUCCAUUAAAUGCAAUUUCUAUGAUC